AUGNUAAAAGGGUGGAAAGUGUCCUCCGAACCUUCUCUUUCUGAUCAUAGGCACUUACGAUUCACUUUGGAAAUUAACAAAGUUGAGACGGAGUACUAUAGGAACCCGAAAAGAACAAACUGGGACAACUACAGGGCAGAUCUCUCUCGUGACCUGAAUAACCUACAGUUUAGAUUGGGGUCGAGACAAAGUACUGAAAGGGCUGUAAAUAUGCUACAGGACUCCAUUGUCUCGGCUUACAAAGAAAACUGUCCUUUAAUAGAAAGGAAAGGUACAGGACAGGGUGUAGCUUGGUGGAAUGCUAACCUGUCUAAAUUAAGAAAUAGUUCACGUAAGCUAUUAAAUAAAGCAAUGAAAUCAGGUUUGGAAAAACACUGGGAAUCCUAUAAGGACGCCCAAAAGAACUACAAAUCUGCAUUGGNGGACGCCCAAAGGAACUACAAAUCUGCAUUGAAAAAGUCCAAAAGAGAAAGCUGGAAGAAGUUCUGUGGGGAUAUACAACAACUCCCUAUAGCAACUAGACUUCUGCGAUCACUAAGGAAUGGACCAAACAAAACUGUCGAGGCAAUACUACUGCCAGACGGAAUGUUCACCAAUAAUGAUAAUGAAACAUUAUCACAUUUUAUGAACACACAUUUUCCUGACUCUUCAAUUAACAACAGAGAACAGGAACAUGAUGCACAGGACAAACGUGUGACCUGUGCUGAUUGGAGACUAACCAGGAAAGUGAUAACCCCAAGUGGAAUAAGAUGGGCAAUAAAAGCCUUUGGCAGUUUUAAAGCUGUAGGCUGUGACGAAAUUUUUCCUGCACUUCUGCAAGAAGGGUUAGUGAUAAUCGUCCCCCAUCUCUGCAAAAUAUUUAGGGCAUGCCUUGCCUAUGGUUAUCAACCAAAAAGCUGGUGA